CAAAUGUAUGCUGGUGCACUUAAUUAGUUGAAUAGUUAUCUAAGAAGUUGAUGAAACGAACGAGUAUGUCCUCCUCCCUAAACUAUCUAAACGUUAAGGCCACCCUGGGUGUACCGUAUCUGCCACACGGAGGGAUUUUGUCGACGUACCGAGCCGUUGUAGGAAGUGCGGAGAAAUUGAUGCGCCUUUUUUUUAGCUGAGUUGGCUCAUGCCAAAAACUGGCGAUUUGUUGCUCAUAUUAUUUAUAUAUAACAUUGGAAAAAAAUUGCUCUCAAAGUGCGGAUUAAUAACCUGAGAGAAGCGACCCGUCACAUCUGUGAACAUGCCCCGGAGAAAGAGGACCGCAGGCAGCAGUUCGGACGGGACGGAGGACUCGGAUUUCUCCGCCGACCUCGAGCCUGCCGAAGCUUCCGAGAGCGCGCACAGGCGCAGCAGCACGCGCCUGACUCGCGCAUCACUGCGCCUCAGCCAGAACUCACAAGAUCAUUGCAGCUCAGCACGGAGCAAUUCCCCUGCAGCCGUGGGUCCUGACGAAGGCCUGGAUUCAGCAGCAGAGUCAGCGGCAGCGGCAGCAGCAGCAGCAGUGGCAGCAUCCGUCUUCUCCUCCGGGCGCAGGGUGACACGCAGCCAGCAGGGGGCGACAAACACCACAGCCAAAAAAUACCCACUGCGUCAGAGCAGGUCAUCCGGCUCAGAUACCGAGGCUAAUGCAGACGUUAAGCAAGCAGCGGACCGGGACGAGACCCCUCCUCGCACCCCGACAGGCAACGCCCCAUCCUCAGAGUCAGACAUCGAGGUUUCCAGCCCCAGCAACGACCUCGUGUCUUCUAGCAACGAUAUUGUAGUUUCACAAGAGGAGGACGAGAGAUUGGCCAAGGAGCUGUCACUCAAAGAGGCCGCCGCCCACGACCUCUCCCACCGGCCCAAACGACGGCGCUUCCACGAGAGCUACAACUUCAACAUGAAGUGUCCCACGCCUGGGUGCAAUUCACUGGGUCAUCUAACAGGGAGGCAUGAGAGACAUUUCUCCAUAUCAGGAUGUCCUCUCUACCACAACCUCUCUGCUGAUGAAUGCAAGGGCAAGGCAUCGACGCGCGACAAACAGACCGAGGAAAGGACGCUGUCACACCGCCAGGACGAGAACAGACACUCCACAAGAAACCAGGCCCCAACAGAUCGUCAGCUGCGCUACAAGGAGAAGGUGACAGAGCUGAGGAGGAAGAGGAACUCUGGCCUCAAUAAGGACCAGAAGGAAAAGUACAUGGAGCACCGUGACAGCCACGGGGUGAGCAGGGAGCCGCUGCUGGAGAACAUCACCAGCGACUACGAUCUCGAGCUGUUCAGGAAAGCGCAGGCACGUGCUUCGGAUGACCUUGAGAAGCUUCGUCUGGCCGGUCAGGUGUCAGAGGGAAGCAACAUGAUAAAGACCAUUGUGUUUGGUCGCUACGAGCUGGACACCUGGUACCACUCUCCAUACCCAGAGGAAUACGCCCGCCUGGGGAGACUAUACAUGUGCGAGUUUUGCCUUAAGUAUAUGAAAAGCCAGACCAUUCUGCGCAGGCACAUGGCCAAGUGUGUAUGGAAGCAUCCUCCAGGUGACGAGAUCUACAGGAAGGGGAACAUCUCUGUGUUUGAGGUGGACGGAAAGAAGAACAAGAUUUACUGUCAGAACUUGUGUCUGCUGGCUAAACUCUUCCUGGACCACAAGACUUUGUAUUACGAUGUUGAACCUUUCCUCUUCUAUGUCAUGACUGAAGCUGACAACACAGGGUGCCAUCUAGUCGGAUACUUCUCCAAGGAGAAGAACUCUUUCCUGAACUACAACGUGUCCUGCAUCCUCACCAUGCCGCAGUACAUGAGGCAGGGCUACGGCAAGAUGCUUAUAGACUUCAGUUACCUGUUGUCCAAGGUGGAGGAGAAGGUGGGCUCACCGGAGCGUCCCCUGUCUGAUCUGGGCCUUAUCAGCUACCGUAGUUACUGGAAAGAGGUGCUGCUACGCUACCUGAACAAUUUCCAGGGCAAGGAGAUCUCCAUCAAAGAGAUCAGUCAGGAGACGGCAGUGAACCCAGUGGAUAUUGUCAGCACACUGCAGUCCCUCCAGAUGCUCAAAUACUGGAAGGGAAAGCACCUGGUUUUAAAGAGACAGGACCUUAUUGACGACUGGAAAGCCAAGGAGACCAAACGUGGUAACAGCAAGACAAUUGAUCCCACAGCCUUAAAAUGGACACCGCCUAAAGGGACGUAGAGGAGCUUCCGUUCACACUCCAAACACAAAACCCCAAAACACACAGAGACAGAUCCUCCUUUGCACACUGGCAUGCACACAGAUCCUGAGCUUAAACCCACACACAUCCACUGUCGUACGAAACGCUUUCAGCAGCUACUGCACAGCCAUCCACUUACAGAGUCAGAUGAUACUCCGGGUUCAGCAGUCACUGUCAAGGCUUGGGGAGUCAGUCCAAGAAAAUUUACAUGAAUCUAGACCUAAGUUUGUAAGAUGUUGCUCUGGAAAUUUUGACCAAGCUGCAGUCAGAAUAAGCAAGGCCUCAUACUGAAAUGAACACUUAAAAUAGCACAUUUGAAAAAAUAUGUUCAAGGACCAGGACAUAUGAACAGUAAUGAUAAGUUCGUGACAAUUUUUAUAAACAGGAGAAAAAGCAUUAUUGUUGCUACAGAUAUCUUAAAGCUAAUUAUAACCAAAGAGUUAUGAUUUAGAUGUAGUGGAGACAAUAAGAAAUGUAUUUGAAGACAAACUAGAGUCUAAAGCUUAGUGUUCAUAUUUAUUUUUGUAUGGCACUGGCUAUUACUCUUUACAUUACAAUAAUACAUGGAUUUAUUGGAUUUGCUAAUUACUCUCUCUUUUCCAUGUGGUGUUUUUCAGUUAUCUUCCUCUCAAUGAGAACAGGCCUAUAAGGAAGAGUAAAAAAAACUAGAUUCCCUCUUCCCUUGUCACUGCUGUUCUAAAACUUCUGUUUAAACAUUAGUUAUAAUGACUGGUGCAUAUGAGAAUGCAUGCACUACUGCCCUUAAAUGACGACGUUUACAAUCCAGAGAAGCUGAUUAUCAUCAUUUAUGUUUAGAUUUUAUAUUUCCAGUUUCAGGCUCACUUACUUCCAUUAAGUCCACAUAAGAUGGAAUGGUAUUCAUAGCAGCCAGUGAUGUCAGUCUACGUAGGAUAACUGCUGAUGUCUCCUCGCCCUGAAACCAAUUGUGCAUUGUUAGCGCACUUCAUUAGAACAGAGCACCAGGCGCGCUCGCUAAUCCAAUCUGCAACAGCCGGUAUUGAACCUGCGCUGCCAUUUCAUUCAUUUCUCUAGACAGUGGACACGAUGCAGGUUGGCAGCAUGUUUACUCACAAAACACGUUUUGGCAGACACUGACCAGCUGUGUGUAAUUAAAUAGGACACGGCCCCGGUCCAAAAUGCAUAAAGUUUCUAAGAAUAGGACCCCUGACCUCGAUUAACCACUCUGGUCACAUGAUUAAAUAGAGCGUUCCCACACAGACUGAAAGACCUGAAAAUGAAUUUGAGAGUUGAAAAAUCUAAAAAUGGAUCAAAAAUCUAAAAAUGGAUCAAAAAUCUAAAAAUGGAUCAAAAAUCCUGACGUUCAAUGAUCUCCAUGAAUAUAAUAUAAACUCCCAGCUAAUAUUAACUAUAACAACUCAUUCACUUUACUUACAUAUUUGUUAUCAUGUUGUCAUUUCACAUAUUGUUACACUAGUUUUGUCUGGAAAAACAUUUAAAAUGGUAUGAAGAGUUAAGAUGGUGUCAGGUAAGAAAUGGUCUACAGACCCGAGUGUAUGGAAAUUUCUCUGAAGAAUAAUUUCUCUUUUAAUAUUAGUUAUAUAAAUGACCCUUCAAGAAUGUCGAAAAGGAGUUCCACUUCUCUUAAGCAGCAGUAGCUUCUUAAAGAAGCUAAAUGCUAACGUUCAGUUGAAUUCCUGACACCCUAAUGUGACUUUAGUCUGGACCUGUGAAAAGCAUCACGUGAAGUUUUUGUUUUUUUGUUUGUUUAUUGUACGAUUUCAAGAAUUCAGCAGCUGUAAACAUGAAUUCUUGGAUGUUCAGGUGAACACCGACAGUGGCUGUUUGAACCCAGAGCAAAUCAGUCCCUCAGCUUUUCUCUCAUGCAACAAAUACACACAUGUCCAGUAUAUAACCCAUCUCACCAGUCAGUCGGUUAGCCAGGAAGCUAUAGCUGCCAUUGGCCAUGUUUUGACCGUGUUAUGUCACCAGGAAGGGACUCACCUGGAUGUUUUGUUACCACCUGUCCCCUUUUUUUUUUACCUUGUAUCUUAAUGAGGGCUGUGUUAUUUCAUGUCUACAGUGAGGGAUCCAAAAUACAAUCUCAGCUGUUUGAGAAGAGGGAGCCUACAAACAUGUUGCUGUUUUUUUCUGUGUCUGUUUUUUUGUUAAAGUUCUCAAUAAUAUUUUAUACUUUUUCUACCUCUAAGGUUUUACCACUGUAUAAAAAGCUAGAAUGGCCCAUAUUAAGCUUCUUUGUUUUCCUUUUUAUCCCGUGUGUGUUAACAUGUGAAAAUAUGUAGCUGUGCAAAGCAUUUUUUUUUACUAGAUUUUUUAAAGUACACUAUUUAUAUUCUUUAAAAAAAAACAUGUUGAAUGCGUAGGAACGUAAAAGACAGCCUGGUAGAGGAAUGUCUACUUUAUAGGACUGGUUUCCAUGUGAAUAUAAAUAUUUAUCUAAAAAUUGUAUGUAGAGUUGAAUGUGUCUAAAAGCUCUCGAAAGGUACAGGAGGGAGAAUCUAAGGCAUCCCCCCACCAACAGAGAUGAUGACAGAGGUCAUUUACAUUUCAGAUGUUAAUCUUCUGUUAUCAAAAGUGACAUGAUUGAGUCAAAACAUGUCACUUUUACACAUUGUCACUACUUGUUACCAACAUAAGUGCUGCUGCAAGCAGUUUGGAAAAUACAAGCACAACCUUUUUGUGUAUGACCAGUAAAAAUGGUCGGCAGCAUGAUCGUUUUGUUCUCUAUAGUCCACUGUGAUUGAUUUAUUUUAUUGACAAUCUCCAUAUUUAUUGAUUUGGAUCAACAUGUUAUUUUUUUAACCAGAUUUGUUAAAGCACUUGUUAGACAUUUUUGGAAAUAAGCUUAUUUGUUUUCUUGGGGAGAGUUAGAUGAGAAGAUUGAUACCACUUUCAUGUCUGUACAGUAAAUAUGACGCUACAGCUAGCGGCUGGUUAGCUUAGCCUAGCAGAAGGACUGGAAAUGGAGCAAAACAGCCAGAUACACUUUAAUUUUUUUACAAAUCAAACAAACAAGAUAUAAUGUGUUAAUUUGUGAGCUUUAGCUAGCCUUUAGCUAGUUUCCACUCUUUAUGCUAAGCUAGGCUAACUAAGCAGUUGGCUGUCCCUUCAUAUUUACAGCAUAAUUAUAUUUCAUACAGUCUUCUCAUUUAAUAUUGUAUUGUACUUCCCAAAAACUAUCCAUUCAAACCUUGUGCAUAAGCUUAGACAGCAGUUGGCUGUGAAAUUGGAGGUGUGUGGCCAACAAUGUCAGAUUGAAUCAAUUGUUGUUUGUUCUCUAGCUUUAGUGUUACAAUUUCAUUGUUUCUUUCACAAGGCUGAAUAUUUUGACUACAGCUUCCCUCGUAGUAGAAAAUAUUGCCUUUAAAGUUCAUAUGGUUGUGUGUCUUGAUUCCUCGUUUCUUUUUUUUUUAAGUGAUGUCUUUACCAUUUGUGGAUUAAUUUAUGUUUUACAUGUUUCUAUUGUCUCUUCCUAUGGUUUGAUUUCUUCAUUGGGUCUUACAAGAGAGAGCUGAUGAGUCACAUCACUGACUGGCAGACUUAAAAUCAAUACAAACUGUUUUUAUAUUUCAAAGGACUACAUUUAUUCUUUUAGCACCUGCUAAUAAACCUCUCUGAAAUGUGGUACUGACCGAAAUUACUCAUGACGGUUGAGUGUAGGGAGUCUUUUUGCCCAUUCUUAAGUGCAUUUACAGGAAAGUGCACUUACUUCUUUUUUGAAGGAAUUUGAAAGGAAAAAAUUAUGCUAAAAUACAACUCUUGAUGUUGAUGUUCCACACAUUACUGGGGCACUUUUGUUUUUGUUUGGUUUCAGUGCUUCAGGAACAAAGGAUGAGCGUAACAGUCAUACAGGGAGAAAUCACAAGCAGAGACAAUAGUUUCUGAACUCACAGUAGCAGAAAAUGGGCCUGACUAUUCUUUUUUUUUGACAGGAAAAGGCACACUGAACCCAUAAUUUACAACACUUCGUCAAAAAAAAGACCUCUGGAAUGUGUUGAACAUCACAAAUCAAUCAUAUCUAACCAUGUGAAAGUAUCUGAAAGUGAUUUUUCCUUUAAGAUGAGGCCUUUUUUAAGAAACCUGUCUGCCACAGUCCAUUUUGUUUCCCUCAUUUCUUUCUCAUCCUCAUGUCUUGCUGUUCUUCACUGUGCCAGUGGCAGCUAUAGAUGGGCAGCUUCAGAGCACCUCACUUGUUAUUAACGCAUCUGAAUAGGAUCACAGUUAUUUAGAAGCGAGAAGCAUUCCAUCACCUUCCAUAAGCCACCAGCGAGCUGUUAUAGUACUGCAGCGCUUUAAGGCGCCCUGCUACCUAUUUAAAGUACGCACGCAAAGCAGUGGCAAACAAAAGUAGCGUGGCAUUGAUAUGUAGCUCAGUUGUGCUUUUGUACUUGCUUCUCCCCCUUUCCCUUCCUCUCCAAUAAAUGCAAAUGGUGACACACAU